UCUUGCAGAUUACAGACACGAAAAGGAGAAGAGAGGCAUCGAACUACAAACCCAGUUCUGCGGAGAGAGAACUAGUAACAGGAAAAUUCACAGAAUUCUCUCUCAGAUCCGAUCGAUUUCUCUGCAAAUUCCAAACCCUCGAAACCACAAACAACAACAAUGGCUUCAACCUUCAGCGGCGAUGAAACGGCACCGUUCUUCGGCUUCCUCGGCGCUGCAGCUGCCCUAGUCUUCUCCUGUAUGGGGGCUGCGUAUGGGACAGCGAAGAGUGGCGUUGGAGUGGCGUCAAUGGGUGUGAUGAGGCCAGAGCUUGUGAUGAAGUCGAUUGUUCCAGUGGUUAUGGCUGGUGUGUUGGGUAUCUAUGGAUUGAUUAUUGCUGUGAUCAUCAGUACUGGUAUUAACCCUAAGGCCAAGUCUUAUUACCUUUUUGAUGGCUAUGCUCAUCUUUCUUCCGGUCUUGCUUGUGGCCUCGCUGGUCUAUCUGCUGGUAUGGCUAUUGGCAUCGUCGGCGAUGCCGGUGUUAGAGCCAAUGCUCAGCAGCCAAAACUUUUUGUUGGUAUGAUCCUCAUUCUCAUCUUUGCUGAAGCGCUUGCCCUCUAUGGCCUUAUUGUCGGCAUUAUCCUCUCUUCUCGUGCUGGACAGUCGAGAGCAGAUUAACUUGGGGCAUUCUUGUUGGUGAUGGUGUGGCUUGUUUAGGAAUUAUUUUGAUAUUCUCUCCUGUUACAAAUGAUAAUUCAGCUUACAAAGGAAGUGUCUUCUGAUCCAAAAUUCUACUAUUUGGGUGGCCAGUGCUUGGUCAAGCGGAUUGGGUGGCUGCUAUGUGCUACUAGUGGUAGAGUACAGAUUAGCUCUUAGUUCUCCCCUUAAAUAAUGUUUCUCUAUUUCUUUUCAUGGAUGAUGUGUCUCAUUUUGUUCGGUUUGAAUUUGUCUAGUAUUAUUGCUGGUAUUGUCUCUCCAGAAUACUCAGUACCAAAUUUUUUAUUUUCACUUUUUCAACUUAUUGUUGCAUAUGUUGUUGUUUGGUAGUUUUGCUACUUGCUAAGAUCUAGUCCACUUGCUUGUGUUGGUAA